GGCUUCCUUCCCGGAUUGGAAGUUCUCCAUGAAAGUAUGUCUGAUUGUAUUUCAUCGCUAUCUCUAUGACUGCUUGACGUUAACGACGCGACAUACUGAUUCAUUUGAGUAACUCUGACCCAAACGCUAUUCUACUUGGCUUGAAAAGCAUCCUCUCACGAUACUCUCAACUGUUCUAUUUCGUACUCGCAGGCCGUUGCGCCGUUGUACUAUAAACCUCUCGUGCUUCUUUGGACCUCGACGAUUCACUAUGACGCAGGCUGAGAUUACUGUUCCAGAAGGCUUCAAGCUUCACACCGAGAACACGUCUUCUAUUCUCCUUCCAGACAAUAACGAAGCAUUCUUGAAUCCAGUGCAGGAGUUCAACCGAGACUUAAGUGUGGCAUGCAUUCACACUUGGGGCGCUAUGAUGAACGAGGAGAAGAAAAGGAAGUGGGAGGUUAAGCAGGCUAGGCAGGCAAAGAGGGCGGAGAAUCCGACAGAGCCUAAACGGCAGAAGAGUGUGUAGCAGUUAUUCAACCUGAAGGGAAUACCGUCGUCCCCGAUGUGAAUGUUUCGAAUAUGACAGAAGAACAAAAACAACCGGUUAACAAUCUUGAGUACAAGGAGCAGAAGUUCGUCAUCCUGGAAGCUCUAUCCGCCACCGGCUUACGUUCCAUACGAUAUGCCAAAGAGAUACCUCUCGUGAGCUAUGUGAUUGCCAAUGACUUGUCUCCCGCUGCUGCUGCGGCCAUGCGAAGGAACGUUGAGCUUAAUGGAUUGGGAGAGCAAGUUGAGUCAGUCCCUGGACCCUCCGACAAUUCAGCGGCGAAACCGAAAGUCAAACCGGCCAAGGUCAAGGUAAACGAAGGUGACGCCUGUUCGCUGAUGUACAAUCAUCGAGUAGAGCGAGAACGCGUUGACGUCGUUGAUCUGGACCCAUAUGGAACUGCUGCACCAUUCGUUGACGCAGCCGUACAGUGUGUAAAGGACGGAGGUCUCCUAUGUGUUACUUGCACGGACCUCAGUGUGUUGGCAACGGUCAACUACCCUGAAAAAUGCUAUUCGAAUUACGGCGGUGUCCCCGUAAGAGCAGAAUAUUGUCACGAAGCGGCGCUGCGUCUUGUGCUUCAUACUCUUUCGACAGCGGCUGCAAGAUACGGACGAUACAUUCACCCUCUCUUAUCCUUGUCCAUUGAUUUCUACGUCCGUCUCUGGGUGCGCGUGGGUACACAGCCUAAUGAAGUCAAGAGGGCAGUCAGCAAGACUUCUACCUUCUAUGUCUGCUCCGGCUGUCAAGCAUUCUAUGAACAACCUUUCGGUCGAUUGACUGAGACAGUCCAUCAACCAAGCGGAAACGUGAACAUAUCUGUCAAGGCCGGCGUUGGACCAAACGUGUCUGAUAAAUGUCCUGAGUGCAACUCUACCAUGCAUAUUGCGGGGCCGAUGUGGUCAGGCGCUAUUCACGACGUCGACUUCGUGUCUAGGGUACUUGAACAUGUGGUGGCGAACGAGAGCAAGUAUGGGACAGCUACACGCAUGAAGGGCAUGUUGACCCUGGCGAAAGAAGAACUUCCUGACACUCCUUUCUACUUCACACCCUCCCGAGUGGCUGGUAACUUCCACUGCAUAUGUCCGCCGCUGGAUGAUGUGGCGUCCGCAUUGCUAAAUGCUGAUCAUCGUGUAUCGAGAUCACAUGCGUUGGCAGGUUCUUUAAAGACUGAUGCCAGUCGGGAAGACAUCCAUGAUGUCUUUCGCUCUUGGAUCAAGAAACAUCCUGUCAAAACAGAAUGCCUUUCCGAGCAGUCGGUGACGUUCCGCCUAUUGCAGAAAGAGCCAAAGAAAGAGGCCAACUUCAAACAUCAUUCGGAGUCGGUCACGGCGUCCAAAGUCAAUCUUGUUCGGUACCAAAUGAAUCCAACGCCCAACUGGGGUCCGGCGCAGAGAGCCAACUCAGGCAAAAGGAAACGAGAGCAGGAGGAGUAACCACAGUGUCGAUAGUUAGAGUACGUCGUCUAAUUCACAACAGAGUAUGCAGAGCGAAGCAACCGGGGGAUCCAGAGAAAAUCGAGAAGGUACCAACACAGC